AUGAAUAUAACAUCCAUUAUGACGUCGUGUGGCUUCCGUCGCCAAAUUAGCAUAAUGAGGACCCUCUUCUUCGCUUUUACGGCAGUAGUAACCGCGGCUCAGCAGUUCCAAGCAAGGGACAUUGCUGUGCGACUAGCUGGUCCGAACUUCUUCCCACGAGCACUCUCUUCUGCAUCGAGUUCGUUUUCCCCGUUUGGUUCUUUAAGUAGCAGUGCAUUUCGGACUGGGUCGUUAAGUGGCAAUGCAUUUCAGACGGGUUCGUUAAGUAAUAAUGCAUUUCAGACUGGUUCAUUAAGCGGUGAAGCAUUUCAGACGGGUUCGUUAAGUAAUAAUGCAUUCCAGGCUGGUUCAUUAAGUGGUAAUGGAAUCCAGGCUGGUUCUUCAAUAGGUGGAAACACAUUCCAAUUUGGUUCUGGAAGUGGAAGUGCAUCACCAUUCACUUCCUUCAGCAACAGUGGAUCCCAGUCAGGUUCAACAAGCACUGCUGGAAUUCAGUCUGGUCAAAUUAGUAACAAUGGAUUUUCCUUUGGCUCAUUAGAUGAAAAUAACAGUGUCUUCCAGUCUGGUUCCGUAAGUAAUAAUGAUUUCCAGUCUAGUGUAAGAAUUGGAUCUAGAGUCCAGCUUGAUUCAGUUACAGACUCGAGAUUUCAGCCUGGUGCAGUCACAAACACAGGAUUCCAGUCUGGUGCAGUCACAAACACAGGAUUCCAGUCUGGUGCAGUCACAAACACAGGAUUCCAGUCUGGUGCAGUCACAAACACAGGAUUCCAGUCUGGUGCAGUCACAAACACAGGAUUCCAGUCUGGUGCAGUCACAAACACAGGAUUCCAGUCUGGUGCAGUCACAAACACAGGAUUCCAGUCUGGUGCAGUUACUAACACAGGAUUCCAGUCUGGUGCAGUCACUAACACAGGAUUCCAGUCUGGUGCAGUCACAAACACAGGAUUCCAGUCUGGUGCAGUCACAAACACAGGAUUCCAGUCUGGUGCAGUCACAAACACAGGAUUCCAGUCUGGUGCAGUCACAAACACAGGAUUCCAGUCAGGUUCAGUCACUGACUCUGGAUUCCAGUCUGGUGCAGUCACAAACACAGGUUUCCAGUCUGGUGCAGUCAUAAACACAGGAUUCCAGUCUGGUGCUGUCACAAACACAGGAUUCCAGUCAGGUUCAGUCACAAACACAGGAUUCCAGUCAGGUUCAGUCACUGACUCUGGAUUCCAGUCUGGUGCAGUCAUAAACACAGGAUUCCAGUCAGGUUCAGUCACUGACUCUGGAUUCCAGUCUGGUGCCGUCACAAACACAGGAUUCCAGUCAGGUUCAGUCACAAACACAGGAUUCCAGUCAGGUUCAGUCACUGACUCUGGAUUCCAGUCUGGUGCAGUCACAAACACAGGAUUCCAGCCAGGUUCAGGCAUAGACUCUGGAUUCCAGUCAGGUUCAGUCACAAACACAGGAUUCCAGUCUGGUGCAGUCACUGACUCUGGAUUCCAGUCUGGUGCUGUCACAGACCCUGGAUUCCAAUCUGGUGCAGUCAUAAAUGCAGGAUUCGAGUCUGGCUCUAUCAAAGGUACAGGGUUCCAGCCCAAUUCCAUAACAAACAAUGAAAUUCAGCUUGGUUCAAGUGGAAGUGGAUUAGGACUUGGUUCACCCACUGAUAACGGCUUCCAAUCCGACUCAAUAAGUAGCACCACAUUCCAGUUUGAUUCAGACCUUAACACUAACUUAGCAUCUGAUUCUCCAAGUAUCAGUUUUGAACCUGUAUCAACAAGCAGUAGUGGGUUUGGAUCUGACACGCUAGCCAAUAGCGGAUUACUAUCUAGUUCUGGACCAACAAGUACUCCAUUCGAGCUCGAUUCAUUUAUCCAGUCUGGAUCACCCGGUGAAAGGGGAACUGAUUCUAACUUUGGAUCUGUAACAAAUGGAAACGAUUCUCCAAGCAGCACUGGAAUCCAAAUCAGCUCCAGUGGUUCACCGUUUGAAACCCUUGGUACUUCCGGCUUCAUAUCAUCUUCCUUGUCUGAAAGCGUAUUUGGUUUGGAUACGUCAACUAGCAAUGGGUUAAGUUCUGAGACAUCAAGUGACGUCAGUUUUGGAACUGGUACAGACAGUGGCAGCUUUGGCCCAAGUACAUCAAACAGUGGCAGUUUUGGGCCCAGUACCUCAAGCAGCAGCAGUUUUGGGCCCAGUACAUCAAGCAGCAGCAGUUUUGGGCCCAGUACCUCAAGCAGUAGCAGUUUUGGGCCCAGUACAUCAAGCAGCAGCAGUUUUGGGCCCAGUACCUCAAGCAGCAGCAGUUUUGGGCCCAGUACAUCAAGCAGCAGCAGUUUUGGGCCCAGUACCUCAAGCAGUAGCAGUUUUGGGCCCAGUACCUCAAGCAGCAGCAGUUUUGGGCCCAGUACAUCAAGCAGCAGCAGUUUUGGGCCCAGUACUUCAAGCAGCAGCAGUUUUGGACCCAGUACAUCAAGUAGCAGCAGAUUUGGACCAAGUACUUCAAGCAGCAGUAGUUUUGGGCCCAGUACCUCAAGCAGCAGCAGUUUUGGGCCCAGUACCUCAAGCAGCAGCAGUUUUGGGCCCAGUACCUCAAGCAGCAGCAGUUUUGGACCCAGUACCUCAAGCAGCAGCAGUUUUGGGCCCAGUACAUCAAGCAGAAGUAGAACAUCAAGUGGCAGCAGACUCGACUCUAGGACAUCAAGUGGCAACAGAUUUGGCACAGCAACUGGCAGCGAAUUUAACCCUUCAAGCCGAAGAAGACUUGGUGCAGCUAACAGCAGCGGAUCAAGCACACUUGGCAGUAGCAGUUUCGGAUCUAGAGCACCAACCACCAGCAGAUUUGGUGCAACUGGCAGUGUAUUUGGAUCUGGAACAUCCAGAACCAGUAGACUUGGUGCGUCAAAUAAUGUGUUUGGUCUAGCAACUAGUACUGGUUCCAGUGGAUCUUCAGACGUAGUAAAUGGAGUUUUUGAGCCCCUCAAUCUUCCGGCGGGAGCCUCUCGCCUGCUAAACAGCAUCUCAACCUCUUUCUCUUGCGAAGAUCGUCCUUACGGCUACUACGCAGACCAGGAUAACUCUUGCCGGAUCUUCACUAUUUGCUACCCAGCCCUGUUCUCAGACGGAGCUAUCGAAACCUACCAAUACAGCUUCAUGUGCGGUGAGGGUUCUGUCUUCGACCAGAAGGAACUAACCUGCGUGGAGGAGUCAACCGCCAUUCCUUGUCAAGAAUCUUCCAGUUAUUACUUCAGAAAUGAGCAGUUCGGCCGGCCAGAAGAGAGUUCAUCUGUUGAUGUUUAUUAUGAGAAUGAGUUCAUGUUUAACGGACACUUCCGGGCCCUUUAUCCCAGACCAGUCAUUCUCAACCAGAGUUAA